UAACUCUUUCCAUAGCUCUCUCUUGAGGCCUGUUAUCUAAAAAGCCCAAGAUCGAAUCUUUAGUUAGAAAAUUUUCCAGUCAUGGCCGAUCGAACAAGCGUUCGCUUAGCUAGAAUUUCUUCUCACCUUGCCGGCUCACACAGCAAUCGUAUACAUGAAAAUGGAGUGGAGCGAGAAGAUUGCCGGGCAAAAGGAGCCGCAGGGGGCUUCAAGGUGGCCCUUCUGGGAGCCUCCGGUGGCAUUGGACAACCCCUUUCGCUGCUGAUGAAAAUGAACCCUCUGGUCUCAGUGCUCCACCUCUAUGAUGUUGUCAACACUCCGGGUGUCACCGCCGACGUUAGCCACAUGGACACCUCCACAGUCGUACGGGGGUUUCUGGGGAAAGAGCAGCUGGAAGAUGCGCUGGUGGGGAUGGACCUUGUCAUCAUUCCUGCUGGAAUUCCACGGAAGCCUGGUAUGACGAGGGACGACCUGUUUAAAAUCAAUGCGGGAAUUGUGCGCACUCUGUGCGAAGGGGUGGCCAAGUGCUGCCCAAAUGCGCUGCUCAAUAUAAUCAGCAAUCCGGUGAACUCGACAGUGCCAAUUGCAGCUGAGGUGCUGAAAAAGGCAGGGGCUUAUCACCCUAAGCGCUUGAUGGGCGUCACAACGUUAGAUGUUGUCAGAGCUAAUACUUUUGUGGCUGAAGUUGUUGGCGUUGAUCCAAAGGACAUUGAUGUUCCAGUAGUUGGCGGCCAUGCAGGAAUAACCAUUCUCCCCCUUCUGUCUCAGGUUAACCCUAAAUUUUCAUUUACCAAUGAAGAGAUAGAAUACUUGACAAAUCGUAUCCAAAACGGAGGCACGGAGGUUGUAGAGGCAAAAGCUGGAACAGGCUCUGCAACUCUGUCAAUGGCAUUUGCAGCAGCCAAAUUUGCUGAUGCUUGCCUACGUGGAUUGAGGGGAGAUGCUGGUGUUGAGUAUUGUGCUUUUGUUGCAUCUCAGGUAACUGAACUGCCAUUCUUUGCUUCCAAAGUAAGACUGGGUCGUGCUGGUGUUGAAGAAGUAUUCCCUCUAGGACCAUUGAAUUCAUAUGAAAGAUCUGGCCUAGAGAAGUUGAAAAAAGAGCUGCAAGAAAGCAUUGACAAAGGCAUUGCAUUUGCUCGACAGUAACUUUAUAUUUAUUUUGUGAGGAAGAGAAUCCUUAUUUUAGAUCACGCUCUUAGAUACUCAUGUAGGAGUUUAAACCUCUGUUGACAAAUGACAUCCUUACAGGUAAGAAAGUCAGUGUUUCUCUGCUUGUACUUGGUUAUUUUUGAUUGACAUCCAGAGCUGGGGUGGAAACACAUUCUAGUUUAAUUCUAUCAAAAAUUGCUUGUAGUGAUGAGAUUACGGCAAAUUUGCUGUAGACAGAACAAGUAUUUAAUUUAAAUAAAUUGUUUAAGAUUAAAUCUA